UACAUCAUCUUUUUCUCAGCUUUUAUUAUUAUUAAUAUUAUUACACCACUCCCUCUCUCUCUCUUUCUAUUUCUCUCUCUAAAAUCUUGGAUCUAUUCCGACUCCCAAAGCUCAGCCUCGGCCGAGCGCCACCAGAGGAACGACCUCCGGCCACCACAUCGCCAUCGGACCAGGCUGUUCUGAAUACAUGUGAUAAACGAAGCAAUGUCAUGAGUUUCUAGAAAGCGAGGAAAUGGGAAUCUGCGCCUCAAAGCCUCCGAAGCAGAAUCCGUACGCCCCGGAGUCUUUGGAACCUUCUGCAACCCCUGGAGCAGUCAGCAAGGAUGAGGCGGAGGGGCCGGGGAAGCGCUCGCCGUUCUUCCCCUUCUACAGUCCCAGUCCGGCGCACUACCUCUUCUCCAAGAAGUCUCCGGCGGUGCGGAGCGCCAGCUCCACGCCACGGCGGUUCUUCAAGAGGCCGUUUCCGCCGCCGUCUCCGGCGAAGCAUAUAAAGGCGGUGCUGGCCCGAAGGCAGGGAAAGAAGGCGGCCGCGAUACCGGAGGGGGAGGGGGAGGAGGAAGAAGCUGCGGCGGGAGGUUUGGAUAAGAGUUUCGGGUUCUCGAAGCAGUUCACCAGUAAGUAUGAGGUUGGCGAAGAAGUGGGGAGGGGACAUUUUGGGUAUACUUGUUCUGCUAGGUUCAAGAAAGGUGAGCGCAAGGGUCAGCAAGUUGCUGUCAAAGUCAUCCCUAAAGCCAAGAUGACAACAGCCAUUGCAAUCGAGGAUGUGAGAAGGGAGGUGAAAAUAUUGCGAGCCUUGACAGGACAUAAGAAUCUAGUACAAUUCUAUGAUGCAUUUGAAGACCAUGAUAACGUCUAUAUAGUAAUGGAGUUAUGCGAAGGAGGCGAGCUCCUGGAUAGAAUACUUUCAAGGGGUGGGAAAUACUCAGAAGAUGAUGCGAGGGCUGUCAUGGUGCAGAUAUUGAAUGUUGUUUCAUUUUUCCAUCUCCAGGGUGUGGUACACAGAGAUCUUAAACCAGAGAAUUUUUUGUUUACUUCUAAGGAUGAGAACUCUGAGUUGAAAGCUAUUGACUUUGGCUUAUCAGAUUUUGUCAAACCAGAUGAAAGGCUUAAUGACAUAGUGGGAAGUGCAUACUACGUGUCCCCUGAAGUUUUGCAUAGAUCUUACAGUACAGAGGCUGAUGUAUGGAGUAUAGGCGUGAUAGCAUAUAUUCUUUUGUGUGGUAGUCGUCCAUUUUGGGCCCGAACUGAGUCGGGAAUCUUUAGGGCAGUGUUAAAAGCUGAUCCAAGUUUUGAUGAAGUACCAUGGCCUUCCUUAUCUUCAGAGGCAAAGGACUUUGUCAAGUGCCUACUAAAUAAAGACCCUCGGAAACGAAUCACUGCUGCUCAGGCUCUAAGUCAUCCUUGGAUUCGAGGUUACAAUGGUGUGAAAGUCCCUCUUGAUAUUCUAAUAUUCAAACUCAUGAAAGCCUAUAUGCGGUCAUCAUCUUUGCGUAAGGCUGCUUUAAGGGCAUUGUCGAAGACGCUGACUGUGGAUGAACUCCUUUAUUUGAAAGAACAGUUUGCACACUUGGAGCCAAACAAAAAUGGGACCAUUACCUUAGAGAAUAUUAGGACGGCCCUGAUGAAAAAUGCAACAGAUGCAAUGAAGGAGUCUCGCAUCCCUGAUUUUCUUGCGUCGCUAAAUGCACUUCAAUAUAGAAGGAUGGAUUUCGAAGAAUUCUGUGCAGCUGCAUUAAGUGUCCAUCAGCUGGAGGCACUCGAUCGUUGGGAACAACAUGCACGUUGUGCAUAUGAACUCUUUGACAAGGAUGGAAAUAGGGCUAUUAUGAUUGAGGAACUUGCUUCGGAACUUGGCCUUGGCCCUUCUGUUCCAGUUCAUGCUGUUCUACAUGACUGGAUAAGGCACACAGAUGGGAAACUAAGCUUCCUUGGAUUUGUCAAAUUGUUGCAUGGUGUCUCCAGCAGAGCUCUUGCAAAGGCACAGUAAAUACUGAAACCCCGUUUGAGAACUCAAAGAGGGAUCAAUUUUUCCAUGCAAUGUUGCAACCAAAAGGGUCAAGUAGGUUGCACACACUUUGUACACUACUUGGCAUGGAGCUUGAGCCUUCCACUCUGAAGCUAAUCAAUCUGGGCGGAGUUUGCACCAUCCAGAAUCUGCAGGCCGCUGUCCUUGGUCCAUUCCAGAGCCAUGAAAGUUAGCUCUGGAAUUACUCGGUGUAAAGUUGUAGCCUGUAUGGGUGAUAGUAUUUUCUUAAUAACUCUGGUAUUUGAUGAUAUAUAGAUGUUCCAUUUAUCCAGGCUCAUCAGAUGUGUACUUUCAACAUUCUUUCUUUUGUCUUAAUAGCAGAACAGUUGUUCCUUUGGUCCA